GUGCAGCCCCGCCCCGCCCCCGGCCUCCCGGCGCCCGCGGCCCGGCGGAAGGACGCGAGCUCGCGAGCUGGGAAGCGACUGGGCGCCCUGACACCCCGCGCCCCUCGGUCCUCCCGGCAUGGAGCCCGCGGGGCGCGCGCGGGACCGGGUCCCCAGGACCGACCCCUACGGCUUCGAGAGGCCCGCGGACUUCGACUACGCAGCCUACGAGGAGUUUUCUUCCGCCUACCUGGUCGUCCUCACGAGGAGGGCCGCGAGGUGGUCCGGGCUCCUGCGCGGGGGCGGCGGCGUCCGCAGGAGCGAGACGCUGAAGCGCUACAUCCGGAAGGGCGUUCCGCUUGCGCACCGGGCCCGCGUCUGGAUGGGGGUGAGCGGAGCCCAGGCGCAGAUGGACCAGAAUCCCGGCUAUUACCACCGACUCCUCCAGGGUCAGUGGGAUGAGGGGCUGGAGGAGGCCAUCCGGACAGAUAUGAACAGGACCUUCCCAGACAAUGUGCAGUUCCAGAAGGGUGCAGACCCCUGCUUACAGAAGGCCCUGUACAACGUGCUUCUGGCCUAUGGCCACCACAACCUGGCUGUGGGGUACUGCCAGGGAAUGAACUUUAUAGCAGGGUAUCUAAUUCUCAUAACAAAGAAUGAGGAAGAAUCCUUUUGGCUGCUUGACGCACUUGUGGGACGGAUCCUGCCUGAUUACUACAGCCCCACAAUGCUGGGCCUCAAGACGGACCAGGAGGUCCUGGGGGAGCUGGUGAGGACCAAGCUGCCGGCGGUGGCGACGCUCAUGGAUGGGCACGGUGUCCCGUGGGCCCUGGUCGUGUCACGCUGGUUCGUCUGCCUGUUCGUGGACGCACUGCCGGUGGAGACAGUGCUCCGGGUCUGGGACUGUCUGUUCAAUGAGGGCUCGAAGAUUAUCUUCCGGGUGGCCCUGACCCUCGUGAGGCAGCACCAGGCUUUUAUUCUGGGGGCCACCAGUGCUGCAGACGUGUGUGAAAAGUUCAAGGAGAUCACCAAAGGGACCUUUGUGACCGAGUGUCACACCUUCAUGCAGAAAAUAUUCUCACAGCCUGGAAGCUUGUCCAUGGCCACCAUCGCCAGGCUUCGAGAGAGCUGCAGGGCCAGGCUGCUGGCGCAGGGCUGACGGGGCGCCCCUGCCCCGCUGUCCAGAGGCAACCACUUUUUACUGCUUUCCUUUUGUGCCAUGAACAUCUCUGUUAAUUUUUUAAGACAGUUUAGAAUUAUGUCGCUCUUUAACUCUGAGCUGUAGUCAUAAAUUCAUAAAAAUACAUUUUUACCUGAGAUACAGACGUGUAAAAUGUGGUAGACGUGUGUCUGUACCUAAUAAAUAUGGUAACAUCC